GAGGCGAGGAGCGCCGGGUACCGGGCCGGGGGAGCCGCGGGCUCUCGGGGAAGAGACGGAUGAUGAACAAGCUUUACAUCGGGAACCUGAGCCCCGCCGUCACCGCCGACGACCUCCGGCAGCUCUUCGGGGACAGGAAGCUGCCCCUGGCGGGACAGGUCCUGCUCAAGUCCGGCUACGCCUUCGUGGACUACCCCGACCAGAACUGGGCCAUCCGCGCCAUCGAGACCCUCUCGGGUAAAGUGGAAUUGCAUGGGAAAAUCAUGGAAGUUGAUUACUCAGUCUCUAAAAAGCUCAGGAGCAGGAAAAUUCAGAUCCGAAACAUCCCUCCUCACCUGCAGUGGGAGGUGCUGGAUGGACUUUUGGCUCAGUAUGGGACAGUGGAGAAUGUAGAACAAGUCAACACAGACACAGAAACUGCUGUUGUCAACGUCACAUAUGCAACAAGAGAAGAAUCAAAAAUAGCCAUCGAGAAGCUAAGCGGGCAUCAGUUUGAGAACUACUCCUUCAAGAUUUCCUACAUCCCGGAUGAAGAGGUGAGCUCCCCUUCGCCCCCACAGCGAGCCCAGCGUGGGGACCACUCUUCCCGGGAGCAAGGCCACGCCCCUGGGGGCUCUUCUCAGGCCAGACAGAUUGAUUUCCCGCUGCGGAUCCUGGUCCCCACCCAGUUUGUUGGUGCCAUCAUCGGAAAGGAGGGCUUGACCAUAAAGAACAUCACUAAGCAGACCCAGUCCCGGGUAGACAUCCAUAGAAAGGAGAACUCUGGGGCUGCAGAGAAGCCUGUCACCAUCCAUGCCACCCCCGAGGGAACCUCUGAAGCCUGCCGCAUGAUUCUUGAAAUCAUGCAGAAAGAGGCUGAUGAGACCAAAUUAGCCGAAGAGAUUCCUCUGAAGAUCUUGGCCCACAAUGGCUUAGUUGGAAGACUUAUUGGAAAAGAAGGCAGAAAUUUGAAGAAAAUUGAACAUGAGACAGGGACCAAGAUAACAAUCUCAUCCUUGCAGGACUUGAGCAUAUACAACCCCGAAAGAACCAUCACUGUGAAGGGCACAGUUGAGGCCUGUGCCAGUGCAGAGGUAGAGAUUAUGAAGAAGCUCCGUGAGGCCUUUGAGAACGAUAUGCUGGCUGUUAAUCAACAAGCCAAUCUGAUCCCGGGGUUGAACCUCAGCGCACUUGGCAUCUUUUCAACAGGACUGUCCGUGCUGCCUCCACCAACAGGGCCCCGAGGAGCUCCCCCCGCUCCUCCUUACCACCCUUUCGCUACUCACUCCGGAUACUUCUCCAGCUUGUACCCCCCUCACCAGUUCGGGCCGUUCCCGCAUCACCACUCUUAUCCAGAGCAGGAGAUUGUGAAUCUCUUCAUCCCAACCCAGGCUGUCGGUGCCAUCAUCGGGAAGAAAGGGGCGCACAUUAAACAGCUGGCUCGAUUCGCUGGGGCCUCCAUCAAGAUUGCCCCAGCGGAAGGCCCAGAUGUCAGCGAAAGGAUGGUCAUCAUCACCGGCCCACCUGAAGCCCAGUUCAAGGCCCAGGGGCGGAUCUUUGGGAAACUGAAGGAAGAAAACUUCUUUAACCCCAAAGAAGAGGUGAAGCUGGAAGCCCACAUCAGAGUGCCCUCUUCUACAGCUGGCCGGGUGAUUGGAAAGGGCGGCAAAACCGUGAACGAACUGCAGAACUUAACCAGUGCAGAAGUCAUCGUGCCUCGUGACCAAACGCCGGAUGAAAAUGAGGAAGUGAUCGUCAGAAUUAUCGGGCAUUUCUUUGCUAGCCAGACUGCACAGCGCAAGAUCAGGGAAAUUGUACAACAGGUGAAGCAGCAGGAGCAGAAAUAUCCUCAGGGAGUCGCCUCACAGCGCAGCAAGUGAGGCUCCCACAGGCACCAGCAAAACAACGGAUGAAUGUAGCCCUUCCAACACCUGACAGAAUGAGACCAAACACAGCCAGCCAGCUCGGGAGCAAACCAAAGACCAUCCUGAGGAAUGAGAAGUCUGCGGAGGCGCCGGGGACUCUGCAGAGGCCCUGAGAACCCCGGGGCCAGGAGGUGGGGGGGCGGGGGUCAGACCGGGCCCCUGCCCGGCCUCCUGCCUCCCCCAGGGCCUCUGCAGGCUCCCCAGCCAUCCACUGCACCGUCACUCGGAUCUCUCCCUCCCUCCUCCCACGCUAUCCCUUUUAGUUGAACUAACAUAGGUGAACGUGCUCAAAGCAAAGCAAAAUUCACACCCUUUUCUUUUUGUGGAAAUUGUCUCUGUACAUGUGUGUACAUAUUAGAAGGGAAAAGAUGUUAAGAUAUGUGGCCUGUGGGUGACACAGGGUGCCUGCAGCGUUAAUAUAUUUUAGAAAUAAUAUAUCAAAUAACUCCACUAACUCCAAGUUUUAAUCAACUAUUAAUUUUUUUUCUUUUUAAAGAGAAAGCAGGCUUUUCUAGACUUUAAAGAAUCAAGUCGUUCUUUGGGAGGUCUAAUGGUUUAGAGUAAGGAGCUUCGAGACCACCCACACAAAUUCACCCGAGGGGACUCGGAAGGACACUCACAGCAGUUCUGGACCACCUGUGUACGUCAACAGAAGGGAUACCGUCUCUCUGAAGAGGAAACUCUGUCUCUCUUCAUCCCUGUCUAGCUCACGCACCCAUUUCUCUUUGCUUCACAGGUUUUAAACUGGUUUUUUGCAUACUGCUAUAUAAUUCUGUCUCUCUCUGUUUAUCUCUCCCCUGCCUUCUCUCCCUCCCCUUCUUCUCCAUCCCCAUUCUUUUUAAUUCCCUCAUCCCUCUUUCUCAAUUCCCAGUAUCUACGCACCCCCCAGGCAAAGCAGUGCUCUGAGUAUCACAUCACACAAAAGGAACAAAAGCGAAACACACAAACCAGCCUCAACUUACAC